CUCCUUGCAGCUCCCUCACCAAAGACCAAUUUAAAAGAGCGUUGCCGAGGCUGGACGCCAUAUGCAGCCGCGCACAUGUGCGGUGCUUCCAAAGAUCUUGAAAAUACUAAUUACUUUGACUUCAUUGUUCACGAGAGAGACGGCAGUGUUGGCUCGGGUGCUACAAUUGUAAACAACGAUUGAUUGUGGAGCGGCCGAGGCGCUGCUCUAUUGUCGAGGAAUAUUUCUCUCUCUGGCUCCUCCUCUCGUCUCCUCUGGCUUCUCCACCACAUAGGAGACACUCGCUUAAACAAUGAGCUACAAUAGAGGUCGAGGGUUUGGCUUUGGAGGCUUUUCAUUUGCCAGGAAACAAGAGGCAAUCCCACCCCCACCCAAUGCAACCCUUAGCAAGCAUGGCUAUCAUACAAUGACUGCUAUUAGCCAAAAUGCAAUUUCUGGAGGCUGUGGCUAUGGCCAACCCCGCAAAAGACCGAGGGAUGAAGAUGAGUAUUUUGACGAUGAGGAUGAAAGCUUUGAGGGAGCAUAUCAGCCCGCCCCGGGUAGCCCAGGACCUCAAAGAAAGGAUUCCUCGGAUUCUGAUGAAGAUCCAUUGGAUGCUUUCAUGGCUGGCAUUGAACAGGAGGUUAAGAGAACUAAAAAAGGUGCAGGAGACAAAAAAGAAAUAAAAGGGGUACGUGAUGACAUAGACGAGGAGGAUGACGAAGAGUCCUACUACAGAUAUAUACAGGAAAACCCCAAUGCUGGAAGGCAACAAGAAGAUAGUGAAGAUGAGAUCGAAUAUGAUGAAGAUGGAAACCCUAUUGCUCCUAAGAAACCCAAAUAUAUAGAUCCGCUCCCACCUAUUGACCAUUCUACUUUUGAGUAUUCAGAUUUUACGAAAAACUUCUAUCAAGAGCACGAGGAUAUUGCUGCGCUAGGGCCGUCUCAGGUUCAUGAACUGAGAAACAAGCUAGGGAUUAAGGUUACAGGUUUUGAUGCCCCCAAGCCAGUGACCAGUUUUGGUCACUUCGGAUUUGAUGAGGCACUGAUGAAGGCCAUUCGUAAAUCAGAUUACACUCAACCCACUCCUAUUCAGUCCCAGGCAGUACCAAUUGCAUUGAGUGGAAGGGAUGCUAUUGGCAUUGCAAAAACUGGCAGUGGUAAGACUGCUGCAUUUAUUUGGCCAAUGUUGGUUCAUAUUAUGGACCAAAGAGAAUUGGCUCCAGAAGAAGGACCAAUUGGUCUCAUUUUGGCCCCUACCCGAGAGUUGGCACAGCAGAUCUAUACGGAAGCUCGAAGAUUUGGCAAGGUGUAUAAUAUCCAGGUUGUAUGUGCAUAUGGUGGUGGCAGUAAAUGGGAGCAGAGUAAAGCACUGGAAGCUGGUGCUGAAAUUGUCGUUGCCACGCCUGGGCGAAUGAUCGACAUGAUCAAGAUGAAAGCUACUAAUCUGCAACGUGUCACCUUCCUAAUUCUUGAUGAGGCUGAUCGUAUGUUUGACAUGGGCUUUGAACCACAGGUAAGGUCCAUUUGUGACCAUGUCCGGCCUGACCGUCAAACUCUGCUCUUCUCUGCCACAUUCAAAAGAAAAGUUGAGCGGCUGGCUCGAGACGUGCUAAUAGAUCCAGUUCGUGUUGUGCAAGGAGAGCUUGGGGAGGCUAACCAGGAUGUCACACAGAUUAUUCGGGUUUUGAAUUCGGCUGGUCAUAAAUGGUCUUGGCUCGUUCAGCACCUUGUGGAGUAUAUGUCCUCUGGCAGUGUGCUAAUUUUUGUAACUAAGAAAGCAAAUGCGGAGGAGCUAAGCAAGAAUCUAGUAAUCAAAGAAUUUGAAGCACUUCUGCUACAUGGUGACAUGAGUCAGUUUGAAAGAAAUGAAGUUAUAACUGCUUUCAAAAAGAAGGACAAACCUAUUUUGGUAGCUACUGAUGUAGCGGCUCGAGGGUUAGACAUACCCCACAUCAGAACUGUUAUCAACUAUGAUGUAGCCAGAGACAUAGACACACACACCCAUCGAAUUGGCCGGACAGGUCGUGCUGGAGAAAAGGGAACAGCUUACACACUUGUUACAGAUAAGGAUAAAGAAUUUACAGGGCAUUUGGUACGGAACCUUGAAGGAGCUGCCCAAGAGGUUCCAUCUGAGCUACUGGAGUUGGCUAUGCAGAGUUCGUGGUUCCGCAAGUCUCGAUUCAAGCAGGGCAAGGCUAAGGCUCUUGGGGGACGAGGUUUAGGCUUCCGAGAGCGUCCAGGCCUUGGGUCUACUCCAGUCAGUGAAUCUACAGAUUCCUCUUUGCAUGCUAUGUUAGUAGGUAGUGGUGGUGGGGGGGGCGGCGGCGGUGGCGGCGGGGCCAGUGUGGCAGUAGGGCCAGCCAGUCAAGCCUAUGGAGGUGGCGACCCUAGCAUGACAGGUCCAGCUACCAAUCGCCUUGCUGCAAUGAAGGCUGCUUUCCAUUCACAGUACAAGAACCAGUUCACUGCAGCUAGCGCAGAAACCUCGUGGACACUAGGUGACGCUAAGGUUGUUGAAAAUACGCCACAGCGGGAACGUAAGAGAAAAUCCAGAUGGGAUGAUUAAACGAUGAACUAAAAUUCCUUUAAUAUCUAAUAGCUAAAUUUGUAGACGUCAUUGUUAGAUAAUAAGCAGUGUAGGUGAAACCCCAUGAUAAAAAUUUAAUAAAACGUGCACUAACAUCACAAACUGACAUUUCAAUUUGCAGAGUCCUGCAGAUAACCCUGAGAUGGUUCUUACAAAAUUUCAAUUGUGGUUAAAUUGAAAUGAGUUUUUUUUAACACCGCUUUCAGUGAGGUGCUGAUACAUUAUAGACGUGUCCAAGUUGGGAUGAUUGAACCUCACUUGUUUAAUGACUUAUUGUUCUUGUGAUGCAAAUGGGUCUUGAAAAGUCAGUCUGUGCUGUCGAGGUUACCGAGACACUCGAUGUAAAGCCAAUGAUGCAUUGAUCGAUGAUGAAAUCUACGUAGCCAAUCAAUGGCUCUGUCUCAUGGAUCAAGUGAAUGCAAAGAGGUGGCCACAGCAGUAUAUGUUUUAAGAGAGUAUUCCUCAAAAUCAGGCAUGAAGGUCAUGCUAGUAAAAGAACUGUUAACUUAGUGUAUAAUUAAUAAGAUGACUGGUAGACCCACUUCAGAGAUAACCAAGGAUGGACAGUGAUACAGCAUUCUGGAAACAUAACAAAACUACACAUACACACAAAAUAUGUAUAUAUAUAUAUUUAGAAAUAUACGGCUGUAUUUCAUUAUUCUAGAUAAGGUUUUAUGGAUGGUUUAAUACUGGAUUGUUUCAGAUAUGCUGAUGCUUUUCAAACUUCAUGUCUGUGAAUGUAUAAUUCUUCUCAUAGAAAUCAUCUAUGUUGUGUAUAGGAGUAUGAUAUAAACCUGAAUUUCCCCAAAUACUGUAUGUUUAAUUCAAACAAGUUUUGAUUUCUGAAUGAUAAAGAGAGUUAGUGUAAGUCUAUUAAAGAUGUGGUUUUCUUCUAGAAUAAUAAACUGUAUAUGGAUUUUAUAUAGUAGGUUUGUUUCAACUUUGGCAAACAGGAAGCAGUGAUACUACACGACAUUAAAGAUGUACUUCCAGUAUGAAUUACUAAAUUUGAAUAUGCCUACAUAAUAUUUCAUCAACAAACCUAGGAUUGCAGUUGAAAUUUUGUUUUAUCAGAUUCAGACUUGAUUAAAAGGAAAGAACUUCAUAUAAUUGAUAAUACCAUGCACAUCAGUUUGGUUUUAAUGUGUUUUAAUAAAAAUAAACAAAUUAUUCUUAGAUUCAAAUAUAUUGUAUACAGUAGUGAAUGUGUGCUUACUGUUGCUAAUCUAAGCUAUGUUAACAAAAAUUCACAAACAAUUAGUUACUGGUGCUCUGCAGUAAUUAAAAAAGUGUCAUUGUAACUAGCAGCUGGUGUCUGAAUUUGUCUAAUUCUAGACACGUUUUAUCUGUUACAAGUUUUGAUCGUUUAUCAUUCUCAACGCUCCAGUGUUUCUGCAGGCGGAUCGACCCGUCCAGAUUUUACACCCUUGGGUUGUUAUUGUACAUCAUGAACUUGAUUCUGGGUCUAAAUUCUAACAUAACUAAUACCAUAAAUCUUAUAAUGGCAUAAUUUAACUGGGAUAAAACAGCUUUAUUAGUGUGCAAAGGAAAUAAGUAUUACUUGGAACUCUGUGAUCAUUUGUGAUCAUAGCAAGUAUAUGCACUCUACACUUUUAGUUUCACUGUGUAAAUUAGGACAAUUAUUUUAUCUGGUGGAUUAGUCAUUUAAAAUACUGAUGCUGUUUUGUACCUGUAACACACAGCAGUAAUUCCACAUGGAGCAUGAUACUGCUUUCUGUGCAUAGCUCAUGUAAUGCAAAAAUGCUUACUCUUCCAAAAUCAUCAGAAGUUAUACUUCAUGUUAUACAGUAUGCAUGCCAACUCUCAGAUUAAACUCGGACAAGUGGUGAGAUUGUUCAUUCCAAGAGCUGUCAAAAUUACAAAAAUAAGUUAAAAUGAGAAUUGUUUGAAGAAAGAAAAUUUAUACUGUAAAUAACAAUUUAAGAGAAAAUAUUUGCAAAAAAUGUAAAUAUCCAUUAAGCACUUAAUUUUGGAGGCAAUUAAAUGGCAAUUUAAAAGUUUGUUCUUAA